CGCCGCACUGGGCCAUGUCGGCACGGACCGCCGGCUACGUGAUCGGGCUGGGCCUGUGCGACACCUUCUCGUCUCUGUCCGUGAAACUGGUGCUGGGGCAGGAGAAGGCCGGCGUGACGGCGGCGCUCAUGACUCUGGUCAUCCCGUUCACCAUCCUGCUGGACGCCGUGUUCCAGUCGCACGUGCCGAACCUGCUGGAGGCGGCGGGAGUCGCGCUGGUCCUGCUCGGCACGGCCGCGGUGGGCGCGCGGACAUGGUGGAAACAUCGGCAGGACAGCCGCAGGACAUGGCUCCUAGAGAGGAUGAACUUUCUAACAAGUCAGCCUGACGAUGUUAAACAGACAGCAGGGUUAUAACCCAUGUAAUACGUGCAGCAUUGUCACAUGUAAUACAUGCAGCAUUGUCACAUGUAAUACAUGUAGCAUUGUCACAUGUAAUACAUGUAGCAUUGUCACAUGUAAUACAUGUACCCAGUUUAUAAACCAUGUAACACAUGUGGCAAGAUUAUAAAGCAUGUAAUACACGUGCCUUUGUGCCUGUAGCAGGCAAGUUAUGAAACAUGUAACACAGUGUAGCAUGUAACAUGUAACACAUCCAACAUGUAACGCAUGUACGAGUAGCAUGUUAUAAAUCAUGUAAUACAUGUUGCAGGAUUGCUUAACUUGUAAUACAUGUAGCAGCAUUAUAAUCCAUGUAACACAUGUAGCAGGCUUAUUUAAGAUGUAACGCAUGUAGCAGGUUUAUUAAACAUGCAACACACGUAUCAGGAUUAUAAAACAUAUAAUAUAUUAUCAAACAUGUGGUAUAUGUGGCAGAAUAAGAAAGCAUGUAACAUGUAGUAGGAUCAUAAAACAACAGAUAUGCUGGAACACCGUGUACAGUAGGUGUCUUUUUGUCUUGCCGCACAGACGCCAUUUAUUUAUUUAUCAGAAAUCCCCAGAAUUAAACCUGAGAUGUCCCGGAGGUUCGGACACUAGAAUACAUAAUGUAAACAAGAGUUCCACGAUCUCAUACCUUCGCCAAAUAAUGUUA